AUGGCGGUCAAUUUAUCUGUUUGUGUUAAGGACGAUUCCUGUUUGUUUAUGCGAUUACCUGAAGAAAUUGUGGAGAAAAUCUUGUGUUAUUUAUGGUUAAGGUCUGACCAAAACCUAGGGAGACUCGUUUGUACUGUAUGGAAUAGACUUCUGCUCAGAAUACGCAAUAAACGAUAUGAAACGUUUUUGCAAUCUGUAAAAAAUGGCAAAAUUUACUGGAGGAAAUAUACUAAUACUUCACGUGUGAAUCCUGCUCCGAGAUUUUCUCAUGCUUCGUGUGUUUUGAAGGGAAAGCUUUGUAUAUUUGGUGGAUGUUCAUCAUCAAAUACUGUCUACAAUGAUUUGUUUGUGUUUUGUUGGGCAGAUCAGAAUUGGUCAAAAGUUACCACAAGCGGAUUUACUCCAGUACCAAGAGAAUGUGCUACAUUAGUCAGUUAUUGCACUAAAAACAGCUGCAUUAUAAUUCUUUUCGGUGGAUGUUGUCAGCCGCCAAGAUCUUUGAUGCCGUCCAAUGGCAAAUUUUUUAAUGAUGUACAAAUUUUAAGUUUUGUUGACAAACAGUGGACAGGGAUGAGGGCUGACGAGAGCUAUCCAUGUCCUCGGGCAGGCCAUUCAGCUUCUGUUAUUGGUAAUACCAUGGUUAUAUUUGGAGGG